AUGUCAUGUGGGGCAACAGGAGUACUAUGGCAACGGGAGUACUACGGCAACGGGAGUACUAUGGCAACGGGAGUACUAUGGCAACGGGAGUACUAUGGCAACGGGAGUACUAUGGCAAUGGGAGUACUAUGGCAACGGGAGUACUAUGGCAACGGGAGUACUAUGGCAACGGGAGUACUAUGGCAACGGGAGUACUACGGCAACGGGAGUACUAUGGCAACGGGAGGCACUGAGGACACUGAGGACACUGAGGGCACUGAGGACACUGAGGGCACUGAGGACACUGAGGGCACUGAGGACACUGAGGGCACUGAGGACACUGAGGACACUGAGGGCACUGAGGACACUGAGGGCACUGAGGACACUGAGGGCACUGAGGACACUGAGGGCACUGAGGACACUGAGGGCACUGAGGACACUGAGGACACUGAGGGCACUGAGGACACUGAGGACACUGAGGGCACUGUACACCGACUAAGCAUUAGAGGAAGUGAUUUCUUCCUGUCGGCCUAA